AUGUUCACUAUGCUCCGAGAUGUUGAUACCAUCGACAUCCAGGUCCUAGUCGAUAACGAAAUCGACCCUAUUUCCAAGUCUCAGAGUCCAGCCGUCGUAGAUGCAACCUCCUUCCGGCUCACCGAGCUGCCCCGCGGCUCCCGCGGUCCGGCGGCAAUGGAGAUGCGAAUGGACAACAUCUGUUGCGGGGCCCACGGGCUAUCUCUCAUGAUCACUGCCGCCUCGGGAGAAACUAAACAUACGCUUCUCUUCGAUGCUGGUCCGGAAGAGGAUGUGUUUGAGCGGAAUGUGAAGAGGUCGAGGACGGAUCUUAGUGGCGUCGAACACGUGCAUCUGAGCCACUGGCAUCGCGACCACUCCGGUGGUAUACCUCGCGCUGUUCGCCUUAUCAACGCUGCAAGAAAGGAGGAGAAUCCGCUUGGUCAACCAACGGUGGACGUGCACCCUGAUCGUCCCAUUUACCGCGGCUUUAACGCAGGCCCUUUCAUUGCCUCAUUGGAGGCAGACCCCACCUUCGAAGAAAUAGAGAGUGCAGGCGGCAACGUGGUGAAGAACGAUCAGUCUCAUACGGUGCUGGAUGGUAUGUUCAUGGUAUCUGGUGAGGUGCCGAGAAAGACGGAGUAUGAGGUGGGGUUUCCAAGAGGCAUGAGAUUCACUGGCAAGGGCGAAUGGGUGCCGGAUGAGCUGAUCAAGGAUGAGCGGUUCGUGGUGUGUAAGCUUAGGGAAAAGGGACUGGUGGUCUUCGCAGGCUGUAGCCAUCCUGGCAUCGUGAACAUCUGCCGCCACGCCCUUGAGCUCGGCGGCGGUGCACCCCUCUAUGCCGUAAUAGGCGGCUUCCAUCUCGCCGAUGGGGACGCAGCCAAACUCGAAAGCUCGAUCAACGGCCUGAAAGCACUGACACCCCAGAUUCUCAUGCCUGGACACUGUACGGGAUGGAGAUUCAAGUUCAAGAUUGAGCAGGAGAUGGCUGGGUCACUUGUGCCUUGCUUCAGUGGUACCAAGUACACACUCAACGCAGAUGGAAUGCAGGAAGGCCAAAAUCUGUUAAAAGACUUGAAGAGUUUUCAAUCAAAAGACAAAUAA